CUCAAUUUAGUAUAUUUGUAAUAAAACGCUUCAGAAACUUGUGCUCUCUCAAAAAACGAAGGCUGUGAAAUCGGAAAUGCCUUUCCCAACAAUCACAUGACAGGAAACAGGUAGAGGCAACAUGGCGGAGGAAGAACAACAACAAGAGGGGAUGGCUCAGAAAGAAGCUGAUGGAUUGAAUUGUCUUGCAUACGAUGAAGCUAUAAUUGCACAACAAGAUAGAAUUCAGCAGGAGAUUGCCACCAGCAUCUCCCUUGUGUCAGACCAGCAGGACCUAGCUAUACUUAAGAAAGAGUAUGCUGAAGAUGACACCAUUUACCAGCAAAAGAUAAGGGAUUUGCAGAAGAAGUACACAUUCAUACGAAAGACGCGUCCAGAUGGAAACUGCUUCUACAGAGCUUUUGGGUUCUCAUACCUGGAGUCUUUACUGGAUGAUAGCAAGGAACUGCACAGGUUCAAAGCUGUUGCUGCCAAGAGUAAAAUGGACCUAGUAAGCCAAGGUUUCACAGAGUUUACCAUUGAAGAUUUUCACAAUACGUUCAUGGACCUGAUUGAGGUGUGCGAUAAGCAGCCAUCUGUAGGCGAGUUGCUUAACUCGUUCAAUGAGCAGAGUGUCUCAGACUACCUGGUGGUGUAUCUGCGGCUGGUGACCUCUGGCUUCCUGCAGAGAGAGGAGGACUUCUUCCAGCACUUUAUAGAGGGAGGACGCACUGUCCGGGAGUUCUGUCAGCAGGAGGUGGAACCCAUGUCUAAAGAGAGUGACCACAUCCACAUCAUAGCUCUUGCUCAGGCGCUGAAUGUGUGCAUCCUGGUGGAGUACAUGGACCGAGGGGAGGGAGGAACAGUCAACCACCACAUUUUCCCUGAAGACGGUGACCCCAAGGUGUUCCUGCUCUACCGACCAGGUCACUACGACAUCCUGUACAAGUAGCUGCUCAGGAUCUGCAACUGGCAAGGCCUCUCUUAUCUCAUAGUGCUGCGGCUGAUGUUCAACUGGACUUCAAUGCUGUGAAACUUGGAAUUUGUGAAUUUGGAAGCCCAGCACUCGAACUCGCCAUCUCUUCUCAGCUCCGCAAAGACAGAAUCGGCAGAUUCUGCGACUUCAGACACUGGACACUGUACAGUUCCUUUUUUUGUAUAACUCCAAACCCUUCUCCUACUCAGUUCUCUCAUGGUUAUCAUUCAGUGGGUUCUUUUUCUUUUGGUUAAAUGCUGUGUUUUAUUAUAGAGGUUGUGUUCGUUAUGAUGUUUGAGUGUGAGAAUAAAAAGUUUGCAAUAGGCA